UCCACUCAUUUAUUUAGCCACACGACUAUAUCAAAAAUGCCGAAACGUUUGGCCGUGAUUCUCGGCAGUCUCCGGCCUACAUCCUCACCUAAAUGCGUUUUCUCCGACGAGCAUAUGACAAUGUACGUCACGUGGCUCCAGCAAACGUGCAAACUCAACGUCGACGCUUCAAAUGCGCCAUUCCCCAAUGCACGGGAAUUCAACGCUUUUAUAAGAGCGCAAGGGCCAAGAUACCCGCAAGCGCGUUCUCACUGUCAGCACACGCGACACCCGAACGACCAAUUUUCAAAGGAAUAUUGCCCCGUGUGCCUUUUCCAAAUCCACACUAAUUACAUCAAAUUCAUCAACGUGGCUUGGGAGCGUAUAGGCGGUCCAUGGAAACAGACCGAGGCAGACGAAGAAUACGCGCAGGUCGGACGAGCCCACCACUUUGCUCGAAUGGAACUUGCAAAUCAUAUGGUCCAAGUGGAUGCGCUAGCUGAGCAGGAACGAGCAUGGAACGCACAAAAUCCAAAGGUGGAGACGAGCGGCGCAUAUUCUCACUCCCGGGUACAAGAAAUGUAUCGCGAGUGGCUGCAUCUUACCUCCGCGCCGGAAACGAAGCGCAGUCCCCCGAAGAAAGUCACUUGGACAGACGACACGAAGGAGUAUACACGACGGUCCGGCCCUGAUGAAAUGGACUGGGAAUACAAUGCAUGA